AUGUCAACUUUCCUUCCAGAUCCCCCGGAAGUCGACUGUUCCGCGGACCCUCCGCUUGGGAUACCGACGACCGCAAGGAAACGAUAUUGUCCAUACUGCUCGAGGGAAUUCCACAAGACCGACCAUUACAAUCGCCACGUUCGAUCACACACAAACGAACGACCCUUCGGGUGCAACAUAUGUGGAAAAUUCUACUCGCGUCGCGACACGUUGUCGCGCCACGUCAAAACACACAGGCUCAGACAGCAGGAUGAAAGGUCACCUUCGGCGACCAGCGCAAAUGAUAUACAUGAGAACAACCAAGUCUCCUCACCAUCGCAACUGAUCCACGAAACGUCCGCGCGCGGCCCUUUUUUCUCACAGAGAGCACCACAGGAAGUCGACUUCGAACCCGCCGGUGUCACUGUCGACUCAAUUGGAAGUAAUGGUCCAGAGGAUGUCGCUUCAACAUCUUCUGGAGCGGUUCAACGCAACAAUGGCAUCGAAGAUUCACACUCUCCUCCCACAGGCCCCAGGCCUUGGGCUGACGGCCAAGUCUUCGACUACGGAUCAGCUACCACGUCGGUUGAUCUAGGCUUGUCCGAUGGUAUCCCCCUCCAAAUUCAAGCUACGAACGUUCAAGAUCCUGAAACAAGUCGUGCAGUCAUCACCAAUCCAUUUUCUCCCUUCGAUGCCUCCAAUUGGCUGUUGGAUGAUACUUUUGUGGACAUGUUCGACGUUGGCAACGACGGUUUAGCCUGGAAUAGACUACGCAGUUCUGCUCGGCGAACGCAUUCUAGGCCGCCGUCUUCUUCCAUAGCGAGGAAGAGCAGCAAAGUGCGGACAUGGAGGCUGGACCUGAGCCAGAUAUGGUACAUUAAAACUCGGCGGCCCAUCGAUGACCCCGGUGUCGACAACGAGGGGCCUGCGAGGGAAGUGGCAAGAGACAUUGACGAGGUAUAUCGUACCAACAUGGUCGACGAACUUCGGUCACGGCUCCAUUUCGAACCGUUGCCGUCGAUUGAUAAUCUCUGUAUACAUUUAUUCUUCACCCGCUUCAACCUUGGAAUACCUCUCAUACACGUGCCGACCUUCAGAGCACGCUCAGACAAUGUGAUGUUGGUCCUCAUGAUCUGCGCUGCUGGAACUAUGACACUACAUUCCGACACGGCCACACGCAUGGGAGCGAUGCUCUUUGAAGGCGUUAACAAGGUGGGAAAUGGCGGGGCUUGGGAGAGAGAACUCUUGGAAAAGCCACAUCUGACGAGAAAUGUCAUCAAAACCUCGACGAUAGGUCAAACGUUUGCACUAUUGUCAGCUGAUCCCGCCCAUCGUACAAUAGCAGCUGCCUACCAUGGUGGGCUUAUUUCUAUUGCGCGGCAUGCGAGAUUGUUCCAACAGACAACCCACUUUGACCUCCCUGAUGGACUUUCGGCAGAACAGGUGGAAAACGCGUGGACAAGAUGGGCCGCUCAUGAAGAAAUGAAACGGGCAGCAAUAAUCUUGCACAUUCACGAUGCUGAGAUUGCCGCUCUUUAUGGGCAAGAACCGAUAUUUCGGCACAAGUCCCAACAUUUGCCUACACUUGCUCCUCCGGAUCUGUUUCAAGCACCAGAUGCCGCAACAUGGGCGUUGAGGUAUAGGUCAUACGGAGAAUCAAGGCAACCUUAUACUCAAGUGCAUCAGCCCAAUCGCCGUUUGCAUCCAGAGGCACGUUUUCAGGAUCAGGACCACUGGACAUACAACGCAUCGGAAAGCUCGAUGUUGAUAUCUUGGGCCACACUCUCUGGCACAGGCGGCACAAUCUGCGAAUAUCGGUCUUUGAAAGACCUGUCCUCACGCAGAGUCGCAGAGCUUGAGACUGACCUUGCAGAGUGGUUUACCUCUUCCAGAAAUUGUUGUCAGGGACCACGAUGUCGCAGCCUCGAGCGAAAAGAACUUCCUUUCUGCCUAAUACCGCUGUGGCAUCAUACCUUUAUGGCUCUUACCACCGACUUUGACCUUUUGGAGCUGGCCGUGGGCCGGGAAGGUACCAACAUCGCACCUGUGACCUUAGAGUACGUCAAAUCAUGGAUUUCCUCCCCAGCAUCGAAGAGAUGCCUUCUUCACGCUCUGUGCAUGCAGCACUUGGUAGCUGCGGCAGUUGUCGAUGCCGCAGCAGCCAUGUAUACACCGAGAAUCCUGUUCUCCGCCGCACUUUGUUGGUGUUGCUACAUACACUAUCUACGAUAUUUUGAGGACUCUUCGGCUCUUUCGUCGGCCGUUUUAGACCAAGAUAUCUCUGAGCAUCUGAUGGCUUUACCGGAAGUUCGGCUGAUUUGCGAGGCGCGCUACACGUCGAACCCGCAAUCCGGUGUCUUGAUUAAAGCAGUUUCGGACCUGAAGCAUAUACUUAGAGCGGGUCUAGCCGAGAUGAAAGCUAGCACCCUUUGUGUUCUGGAAUCGACCCUUCGCCGCCUUGCAACAAAUGGCAUCUCACAGAAGUUUGCCGACUUGGUGCAAGCCUUCAUCGUAGGUGACACGCGGUGA